GUAAGACGAUGAUGAUGAUCAAUGAUUGUAUGAACCCAGAAAAAGAGAAAUGAAGAGAUACGAAAAUCUAAAGGUAGGAGAAGCCCUGUCCAAAAACAAUCUAUACCCAUUUGCUUGCAAUGAACUCAGCUCCGUUUUGAGUCUUGCGUACUCUCGAUUACCCAAAGAUGUCAAAGCUUUGAUCUUUCGAGAUACCCUCUCCGCUUUUCGUCUUCUUCCUGACGUGAACACAUCAGCUGCUGUUUCAGCUGCUAACCUUCUCCUGAAGAGCGUGGAAGCCGUGCUGCCCAAACAGAAGAAGAACUUAGCUAUUGUAGAAUUCAAGCAGGCUAAAGUAGCACUGAAGAGACGCAGUAAGAGCCCUGAGGAAGAUUUAUAUAUACCUUCACUUCCACAAGAUGUCCUUAUUCACAUCUUCAGUUUCCUCGAUAUAUCAUCCUUACUUUCCUCAGCUCAAGUGUCUCGCUCAUGGAACCAAGCUACGCAUGAUGACUCUCUGUGGCAAUCAUUAUUUGAAGUUCACUUCUAUCACAAACGUGUGAUUCGUAUUCAUUCCAGUAUUGAUUGGAGAGAAGCCUUUAAGAAAGCAUAUAUCGCGGCUAAUUCAUCGAAGGCGUUAAGAUCUGGCCGGGGAUACUGCAGUUACUGUGAUUCUAUUGUUUGGCACGACAACUUAAGAUGUCCGGACAAACAAUGUCAGUUGAAAUCAGGCAACAAGCCGGUCGACCUCAUAUCAACUCACCAAGUUGUCAACUAUUUACUGGGGGUAGCGAGUUCUUCUGAUGAAAGUGAAUCAGAUGAUGAAGCCGUUCCUGGACUAUGGUCUUAUCCUGCACUACACUGAUUUCGUAGCUUAACCAAAACGUCCUUUCAAUGUAAACUUUGUUACUCAUAUCAAUGUAAACUUUGUUACUCAUAUAUACACAUUCAUAUUCAAUUGUUGUGUACAGAGAAAAGUUCGUCUUCAUCUAA